AUGAAUCCUUCUGUUUCUGGUCACUAUCCUCUACUUCGUCAUGAUCCUGUUACUGCUCGGGCUAUUUCACGUCUAAGCCAUGGAGUUGCUCGUUUAACUGCCAGUUUGAAUCCUGAAGGACAGCAUCGUCAUUUUCGUACUCGACGAGCAAAGUUAGGAAAUAGAAGUGUUUCAGAAUCUUUGUCAGGUGAUGACAGUCGCUAUGUUGCAACAGGAUCGAAACGAAAAUGGCAACCGGAUAAAAUUGAAUUGGAUACUAUCAUGGAACUUGAACAGUCGACAACACAUUCAUCAAAACAGGUAUCACCGACAACACCUUCAAGAAGCACGACGGCAACAACAACAGCAAUCACAACUACUACUAUGCCUCCAUUAAUUCCAUCCUCUAUACGCCUGAAACAUUCCAGUAUCGAUUCAACGUUACGUCAUGUCUCCAUUUCUAUAGAUGCGCUUAAUUUACAAACUAAACUACUUACUCCAUUCUCUUAUUCUAAUCCAACUCUACAAAAAUCAUUAAGUUCAGAUAAUAUUGAAAGUACAGGACGUUAUUCAUCAGGUUCAUCUAUGCUUUCAAUAACAACUUCAUCAGAUAAUCAUAAUAAUAACAAUGAUAAUGAGACUGAUGCUUCAUCACAAGAUGCAGAUGUUGAAGAUGAAGAUCACAAUGAGCUGAUUUCUAUGCUUCGAUCGACUACUAAUGGUCGAUCCACCUUCACAUCAAAGAUGGUCUCAUCAUCAAGACGUAAAUUGUCCUUGUUUGAUAAACAUUUCUAUGAUGUAUGGAAACCAUUCGAUGAUAGUGUGUAUAGUUGUGGUGGUGAUUCAUCGGAUGGUUUAUCAAUUAAUAUUAAAAUGCCACGAUUAAGUUCAACUUAUUUUCAUAAUAAUAAUAAUAACAAUAGUAAUCUACCAGGAUUAUCUGAUUACUCGUCUAGAUUAUCGCCUAUAUCAAGUAGUCAGUCGACAAGACGGUAUACACGUGGUAUGCUUGCCUCUUCUUCAUCAGAUACUACCAAUCAUCGUCGAAGGGUGAAGUGUAAGUGCAAGCUACGGAAUAAUGAACAUCAUACUACUGCUGCCGAUUGUCAUAAAAGUGGAAAGUGUCACCGCCAUUGUUCACACUCUUCAUCCACUUCAUCGUCAAGCUUAUCAACUGAAGAAUCUUCUGAUGAGAAUUGUUCAAAGGGUUUCAGUAUACAUAAGCAUCGUUAUACUUCUAUAGCUGAAUCGCAGAAAAAUUCUAAUAAAGAAAAGAUGAAAGUGGCCGGUACAAAAUAUACGAAAAAAUGUCCUACAUCGUCAACAAGUACUGAAGGUGGUAGUCAUAAAUCAUCUAUUGUCCAGUCAAAGAUACAAUAUCUGCCAACAGAUACUUCUAUGCCUAUUUUGGAUGAACCAGUUGAUCCUGAAUGGGAUAAUAUUUUAAAUGGGACUUGGCCAUUGUUAAGCAAUUGUGCAAAACAAGGUUAUGCUAAAGCUAUGCUCACUUCGAAUUCCAAAAGAUAUGCAAAUUCACAAAAGAGAAAAACGUCUAAUAUGAAAAAUAAAGAUGAUUCAAAAUCGAUAAAUAAUAGUAAUAGUAAAAGUAACAAUGAUAAUAAUAAUAAUAAUCGAUCAAUAAAAUUUGUACCGUCGAAAUUAGGACACCUGUAUGCAGAAAAAGAGAUUCAAAUAAUGAAUACAGAUAAUCCUCAGACUGCAAAUGCUAAAUCUAAUCAGCAAAUCCCUACACCACCAUGGCUGGCCAGUGAUGAUAACGAGUCAGUAAGAGAUUCUGAUGAAUUCGAUGAAACUGAUUUGUUAUCGGAUAGAGUUAAAGUUAAAACUUCAACAAAUUUAAUGAUGAUGACGACGCCGACGGCGAAUAAUCAACGUCCAUGUCUUGAUAAUUGGAAACCUGAAUUAUCAAAUGCUGCACCAUUGAAUGAUACCAAUAAAGGUCAUCGAAUGUUACAAAGACUUGGAUGGAAACCAGGCAAUGGAUUAGGACAAAAUAGUAAUGGUGUAAUAACUCCAGUCAAUUGUGUAAAAGCUGUUAAACCCUCCCAAGUAGUAUGA